GAAAUAGUUUCCGUCUCUCACACAGAGUCACUGCACCAUUACACUUCCUGCUGUAACGGACUGAUACAGGAGGAAUAUAUGUGUAUAUGUAGACAGGGGACAUUUUAAACACGGUGUUUAAACCCUAAUGAGUUAAAUACCGAAUAUGUGGCGCUCUGAAAUGUGGAAACACUUCAGUUAAAGUAUCAGAUGUGUUUAUAUGAGGAACAGGAAAGUCUGAAUCUACAGAAAGAGAUAAAGAUGGCGACUGCAAGCACUAAGUUUAAACUCAUUGGUCCCAGUGAUAGAGAACAGUAUAAUGGCUCUGCUGUUACUGUCUCAUGUCGUCUGUCUCCUGAAAUCAGUGCUGUUGACUUGGAGAUCCGGUGGUUUAAGGAGACAGACUGUGUUUGUGUUUAUAAGAACAGUAAGGUGACAGAGGGGAGAGGUUAUGAGGGCAGAGUGAGUCUGUUCACUCAGGAGCUGGAGAGAGGAAACGUCUCCUUACAGCUGAGAGACUGUACAGAGUCAGAUGAUGGAUAUUACCUCUGUCAGGUCAUUGAUGGAGACAGAACAGAAGAGAUUACAGUAUUUAUGGCGGUAAGUAAAUAACUUGACUUCACACUAAUAGUAAAAGCUGAUAUUUUAUAAACUUAUCACAUAUAUUACAUUUUAAUCCAGGAAUCAAAUAGAAACAUAAAGAUGAUUUUCAGAUCAUGUUUAUGUGAAGGAGUCUGAUCAGUAAGUGAGAUUCCACUUCCAUCAGUCAGCUUCUUUCCCACAAUGCACCUGUGUGUAACCUCACUGCAGUGUAAUAAUGUACAGAGACGUUUACCGUGUCGAGUAAAAGACACAACAAACACACAGCUUUAUGAACAAAGUAA